CAUUCAGUUGUAGAUGCCGCCCAGCAGCAUUUAUCACGAACGCCAGGUGGCGCAACUAUGCGCUCUGCAUGCGCUCAACAAUUUGUAUCAGCGCGCCAGAAUGUUCACCAAGGAACAGUUGGAUGCAUAUUGUUAUGAGCUAACACCACGGAUCUGGCUAAAUCCCCAUCGAUCGUGGCUGGGAUGGGGCAACUAUGAUGUGAAUUGCAUUAUGUAUGCGGUGCAGCAGCGCAAUUGUGAGGCAAUUUGGUUUGAUCGACGUCGUGAUCCCAGUUGCCUUAAUUUCGAUGCCAUCUUUGGUUUCAUUAUGAACAUAGGUUCCACUUCAAUGUGGAUGAUGAUGCGUGCACGUCAUUGGAUCGCAUUGCGUCGCAUCGAACGUCAUUAUUAUAAUCUGGACUCCAAGUUGACGCAUCCUCGACGCAUUGGCGAUGAAUUUCAAUUUAUCGAAUUUCUACGUCAUCAACUGCUGGCCGAUAACGAUCAUGAACUUUUUAUUAUAAUUAUGAGGGAGCAGCCAGAAGAAGAAGAAGACGAAGAAGCAGAGCAACAACAAUUUUGGCUUAAACCACAAUAUCGCUCACUGCAGCAGUCAACCGAAUAAAUUAUGUCUAAAAAAAUUUUAUACAAAUAAAAUCCUUGUUAUCGA